CAUCAGCCGGCUCGACUGAAGCAAGUCACUCGAAUAGCGGCCGCUCCAAGAAGCGACCCUUACACUUGAUCUGCAAAUCACGAAAUAUGAUUCAACAAGAUCGUCCUAAAGGCCUGCGUCUUGUAUCCUUUGACGGCGGCGGUGUCCAGGGUCUAUGGUCCCUCCUCGUCCUGCAGCAAUUGAUGGAAAGCGUAGGGAAUCCACUCCCUUGGGAACAUUUCGACAUGAUGGCCGGUACAAGCACCGGAGCAUUGAUAGCAAUCAUGCUCGGUGUCCUCCGUCUCGACGUUAAAACGUGCAUAGAAUUGUACGUGGAGAUGAUGGACGAUGUAUGCCGACAAGUCAGUCGGUGUCCGGUGACAGGCACACUCAAGCUCAAACCGCGAUACAGCAGUCAGGCACUCAAACGCGGUAUACUAAAAGCCAUCAGUAAAGCCGGAUUCGCCACUCCCGAAAAUGUCUGUUUCCGACCGGCCACUGAACCGGCCUGUAAAGUCGUGGUGGUAGCUACUUGCGCAGGGGUGUCUAUUCCAACGACUUUCACCAGUUACCGACAACUGGGGGAACCCCAUAUCUCAAUGUUUGAUCAAGUCAAGAUCUGGGAAGUAGCACUGGCUUCAACGGCGGCGCCAACAAUGUUCGAAGAAACCAUCAUCACAUACAAUGGCCUCACAAGCACGUUUGUCGAAGGCGCAGUCAAAGUCAGCAACCCGGUGGAUGUAUUGUGGCAACACGCCGAGGACUGGUGGAUGGAUCACUGGCAGCUUCCAACGACAAGGCCAGGAGACCAGCAUGUCUGUUGCAUUGUGUCCGUCGGGACUGGUCUACAGACCCUAAAGCAUGCCGGCAGAUAUGCGCACCAGCUCAUUAAAUCGCUCGCUAAAAUGGCGACCGAAACCAGAGACACGAAUGACCGAUUCCACUCUGCACACAGGAGAGUUGUGGAAGAGGGUAAGUUCUUCCGCUUCGAUCUUCCGACCAUGGAAGACAUUCAACUUCGCGAGACUGUACAGAAAGAUGUCAUCGCAGCGCGAGUUAGGGCAGAUGGAGAGACUGGUGCCAUGCGGCAACUUCUGUUGAACUACAGGUGGCACCAAUAUACUCACCAUGACCAUGGUGUACACUGGCGCGAUCAAACCGGUGCGCAUAAAGAAGAGAACAGAUAAGAAGCUCAGAUCGGCAAAAUAGGACUUUUCACGGCGGAAAUCAACUGAUGUCGACUAGGUCAUCAUCAUUGCUGCUGGACUGUUC